GUACUGGCCGAGCGCCCGACGUGAAAGGGUGUGUCACUUUUCGUGCUGAAACAUCGCGCCAAAAUUACGAACUCGGAUUUCAACUUUUGCAAAUCAAUUUAAACUUUUAUAACACGUUGUAGUUAUUCGAUUUAUCUCUAAAAAUUACUGUGGUGUGUUUUUUUAUUUUUUUCACAUAUGGAUGUGACAAAAGUGAUUAAUUUUGUGUAAAAUGCGUGUUGCAUAAGUGAACUUUUAUUAAGCUGAAUUCUCGUAAAGAUCAGCUAUGGAGUUGAAAUCUCCAAAAGCGAAAAAAAAGUCACCGAUAGCCUGGAAGAAAAUGCUUCGAACGCCGGCCCUGCUCCUCCUUCUCUUAGGUUCAAUUAACUGUGACAUUGACAGCGAUUUGAAUCUAGAACGUUCGAACUCUAGCUAUAGACAAAGUGAUUUGAAAUUAAGGCAUAGACAUUUACUAAAUGAGAGUUCCAUAGACAAAAAAGUGUUGAGUGAUAUAAAGUAUUUGAGGCGCCAUUUGAAUAGGGCCAUAGUUAAUUUCGUCAUGACCGACGUGCUCAUUGAUGGUGAAGUGGAGAAUAGGAUACAUUAUGAUGGUGUAACCGCGAAGGAGACUUAUGUUGGAGCUGAUGGAUCCGGCUUAAAACUCCGUCAACUGACUGACGGCCGCCAUCUUGUCCAAGUGAUAUACACACCAGACGGAGUCAUACAAGACUGUGAAUACAUAACAGAGGGAAAAACAGUUAGGAAUUUCCUUAAAACACUAAGAAAAGAACUAAAACUAGCGCUAGACGAAGAGAGCUAUAGAUUAACAGAGGGAAGACCUAACGAUUACGAAGAUGAAAAAUUUUACCGCCAUUACCGCAACGUGACGUUUCGAUUGUUAAAAGAUGGCGAACAACUACCACCGGAUGUCGGAAACUGGUUAAAUUACGACAGAUUAAAAACGGAAUGCUUUGAGAGACACGAAGAAUUGACAUAUAUGAUGGAGAAUAGGAAUAAAGUAAGCGAUACAAGUCUUACAAGGUCGCGCAGGUCGCUCAGGGAGAAUUUUAUAAUGCCUGGUACCAAAUGGUGUGGAGCUGGCCAGUUGGCUGAGAGCUACAACGAACUGGGCAGCGACAGGAAUGAAGAUAGAUGCUGUAGAGCUCACGACAAUUGCCGAAUGAACAUCGGAGCUUUUAGGAGGAGGUUCGGCUUGUUCAACUUUAGGCCGUUCACGAUAUCGCACUGUAAGUGCGACCGGAGAAAAAAACGCGAUGCAAUGGAGUUGUUACGUGUCCCGGGAACUAAGUGGUGUGGAAAGGGGUACUCUGCUACCCGGUAUUCGCAGCUCGGUGGUUACACCAGGACGGAUAGAUGCUGCAGGGUCCACGAUCUCAGAUGCCCGUUCUGGAUAGGUGGUAUGGAGAAGAAGUUUGGGCUAUAUAAUUGGAGGGUAAAUACCCUCAUGCAUUGCAGAUGCGAUGAAAGAUUCCGCGCCUGCCUCAAGCUAGCCGACACGUCUGUAUCAAACAUGGUCGGGAAACUAUUCUUCAAUAUCGUCCAGACGAAGUGUUUCAUAUUAAAACCGGUCAAAAUGUGCACACAAAGAUCCUGGUGGGGAAAAUGUUUGAGGAGGGGAUAUAUGAAACAGGCUUUUUUGAGGGAUAACCUUCCUUACUAAGAAAAUAAUAAAAAUUUCAAAGCAAUAACUCAAAAUACUAGUAUAGAUUUAAAGUAAUUGAAAUAAACAUAAUUUAUAUUUCUUGUCAGACCAUUUUAAAUAAUUAUUA